AGGAACCACCCAACGAUGAUGAUCGCGAUGAUGAUGACGCGUGGCGUGGCCGUCGUGGUCGCGGCGCUGUCCGAAAAAUCAAAAAUAGCCGGUGUGCCAGUCAGUGCGGCGAUGUCGACGGCGAACGACGUUUCGGCGGAACGGUUCGGCCGGUGGUGGUGGUGCUGGCGGAGACGAAGGAGGAGUACUACCUGCGGGUCAACGAUGCCGACGGGAUAUUCGACGACGAUCGUCCUUCUCGGUGUACUCGCGGUGUUAUGCUCCCUUCUGGGCACCGUGGACGCAAGGACGAGUAAGGACGAGUCGCGGGGUAAAGGCCACAAGGACACGGAACCUGUCAUCGAAGAAGUCAACGCCAAGCAGCUCGAGCGGCUCCUCAACGAGAAGGAUUUUGUUGCCGUGUACUGGUAUGCGAGAAGUUGCACGACAUGCGACAAGGUGCUGGCCGAACUGGAGAAGAUCGACGACGACACGGACCAUUUCGGGGUCGACUUCGUCAAGAUCAACGACAAACGACUGGCGAAACAGUAUGGCAUUAAAAACUUCCCAGCUCUCACGUACUUCCGUGAAAAGGAACCGAUUAUUUACGAAGGUGACUUGAUGGACGAAGAGAAUGUCCUGGACUUCUUGACGAGUUUAGAGGCAAUGGACUUGCCCGAUCGUAUUGAAGAGGUAAAUUCGAAGAUUCUGGAGAAGAUCGUCGAAGAUACGGAGUUUGUGGCAGUCUUAUUCUGUCCGGAUACGCAGCGGUGUGCUGGCGUCGGUUCUAACAAGCCAGACUGCAAAAAAUGUCUCAAGGCCCUUCAAGAACUGGAGAACAUCGACGAUGAAGCCGAUCAGUUGGGUAUCGGCUUUGUGAAGAUCGCCGACGAGCAACUCGCGGAUGAGUACAAUCUGGGACCACUUCCAGCUUUAGUCUACUAUAGGCAUCAAAUUCCUAUCAUUUAUGAACACGAACUUAGCAGAGAAGAGGAUGUGUUAGAAUGGCUGGUAGCUAACAAGAGUACUGGAGACGAAGAGGACGUGAUCGAGGACGUUACCUCGAAGACGCUGCAGACCCUAAUCGGAAACAUCGACAACCUGGUCGUGUUGUUCUACGACCAUGGCGACGACGAUUCGAUGCAGGUGCUAAACGAGUUGGAAAAGAUCGACGACGAUUGCGACAAACACGGGAUACAAUUCGUGAAGAUCGACGACGAGAAAGCAGCAAAGGAUUUCGGAAUUGACUCGGUCCCUGCGAUCGUGUACUUUGAGAAGCAAAUUCCAAAUGUUUACGAUGGAGAUGUUGAGAACGAGGACGAAAUUCUGGAGUGGUUACUGUCCCAGUUGGAGAAAGACGAGAUUGAGGACGUCACCGACGAAAUGUUGGAUCGUUUGAUCAAGGAUGGCAAAACUCUUGCCGUGCUGUUCUACGACAACAAUGACCGUAAGUCCCAGAAAAUACUCAACGAGCUAGAGAACAUCGACGAUGAAUGCGACACGUUGGGGGUGACCUUCGUGAAAAUCGACAACGCGGAAGAGGCUAAAGAAUAUGGCAUCGAGAAGAUGCCAAGCAUGCUCUACUUCGAGAAAGGGAUUCCGACGUUGUACGAGGGAAAUCUAGAAGACGAGGAGAAGGUUCUGAAAUGGCUGGAGCAGCAGCAAAAGAGUGAUCAUAUCGAAGACAUCACCGAUGAGGUGCUCGACAUGAUCAUCGAGAAGAUGCCGCACGUAGCUGUCCUUUUCUAUGACAAGGAUCAGAAGAAGAGCCAGAAGAUUCUCGCCGAACUGGAGAACAUCGACGACGACUGUGAUCAGCAUAACAUAGCAUUUGUGAAAAUCAGCGAUCUGGAGGAAGGAAAGGAAUACGGCAUCGAGAAUUUCCCCACACUGGUACUCUUCGAAAGAAGAAUACCGCACGUGUACGAAGGCGACCUGAUGAAUGAAGAUCAGCUACUGGGCUGGCUGCUGCAUCAGAAAAAGCACACAGAGAUACCGGAAGUGACGGACGAGAUGAUGGAGAAGCUGAUUGAAACCUCGCCGUACUUGGCAGUCCUGUUUUACGACAAGGAUGACAAGCAGGACAUGCGUAUCCUGAACGAACUGGAGAACAUUGACGACGAGCUCGAGAAGGAGGGCAUCGUCAUUAUACGGAUGGACAACGAUGCCGAAGCGAAGGAGUACGGUAUCGAUCAUCUUCCGACUCUGGUCUACUUCGAGAAUAAAAUUCCGGCGAUCUACGAGGGCGACCUCCUGAACGAGGACGAGGUCCUCGAGUGGCUCGUCGAACAGAAAAACACUGCCACCAUCGAGGAAGUCACGGACGAGAUCUUGACCGAUCUGAUCGAGGAACACGAAUACGUCGUUGCAUUUUUCAGCGGAGACUGCGAAGAUGGAGACGAAUGCGACAAAGUGCUUGAGGAACUCGAGAACAUCGACGACGAGCUGGACGAGACUGGCAUCAUCUUCGUCACUACGGAAGACACUGGGUUCGCGAAGAGACACGGGAUCAAAAGCUUCCCCACCUUGGCCUUCUUCAGAAACAAGGAGCCGUUGAUUUUCAAAGGCGACAUCGAAGACGAGGACGAGGUGCUGUCGUGGAUCACGGACGAGGACACUCUGGAAAUCCCCGGGAAGAUCGAGGAAGUGAAUGGCAAGAUGUUGGAAAGCAUACUCGAGGAGAACGAUUACGUCGUCGUCUUCUUCUACAAAGAAGGCGACAAGAAGAGUCAGAAGAUUCUUCAGGAGCUGGAGAACAUCGACGACGAGUGCGAGGAGAAGGACAUCGACUUCGUGAAGAUCUCGGACGAAGGUAUCGAGAAAGAGUACGAUCUCCCUGGUCUGCCGGCGUUGGCGUUUUACAGGCACAAGUUCAGACAAGUGUAUAACGGCGACAUGAUGCACGAGGAAGCGAUUUUGGAAUGGAUCCUGGAGCUUCGUACGCAGACCCCGGACGUGAUCGAAAGCGUGGACAGGAAGACGCUGCAGGUGCUCAUCAACGACGUCGAGCAUCUCGCUGUAUUCUUUUACGACGAUAAAUGCGAAGCGUGUCCGGAGAUCCUUGAGGAGCUAGAAACCAUUGACGACGACACCGACAAACACGGUAUUCAAUUCGUAAAAUCGAACGACGCUAAAUUAGCCGCUGAGAUCGGUGUGUUCUCAUUCCCGGCUCUCGUUUAUUACGAGACUGGCGUCCCCAUCAUGUACGACGGUAAUCUGCUCGACGAGACCGAGGUGCUCGAUUGGAUGGUGAAACAGAAGACGGAUGAGAGCAUCGAAGAGAUCGAUCGUGACACCCUCGCCAAGUAUAUCGAGACCAAAGAAUUCCUGGCUGUCAUUUUCUACAAGGAGGAUGACCCGGAAAGUCCUAGAGUGCUCAGGCACGUCGAGUUGAUCGACGAUGAGGCGGCUGAGUAUGGCAUAAAGAUCGUCAGGAUGAAAGAUCGGUUGAUGGCGAAGAAGUACGGAUUCCGCAAUCCACCAGGUAUCACGUAUUUCCGCAAGGGGAAGAACAUCAACUACGACGGAGACAUAGACGACGAAGAGGAGGUCCUCGAUUGGUUGACCAAUCCAGAAAACAUGGAACUGACCGAUCACAUUGAACGAAUUAAUAAGAAGAUGUUCCAGAAGAUAAGACAGACAACUGAUUACCUGGCUGUGUUCUUCUAUAGCAACGACUGCAAACAAUGUGGCAGGGUAUUAGGAGAGAUCGAACACAUCGACGACGAGGCCGAUGGGGCGGGAAUCAAGUUUGUGAAAAUCGACGACAAACAGCUAUCGAAACAGUAUGGUGUCUUCGCGCUGCCCGCCAUUUUAUUCUUUAAGAUGUCCUCUAAAGAACCGGUUAUCUAUGCAGGCGAUUUGUAUGACGAGGACCAGAUUCUGCAGUGGUUGAUGACGCAGAAAGAUCCCUCCGGGGAGGUAAUCGAAGAUUUGGAGGGAGAGGACCUUCUGAAUUUGAUUAGGGAAUCGGAAUCGCUGGCGGUGUACUUCUGGAACAGAACGCUUUGCGAGUUGUGUCAGGCAAAAAAUCAGCGCAAGCAGGGCCGCCAUAAGGAGCGCAGGAUCGUCGAGCACGAUGCGGCCGAGGAACUCGAUGACGUCGAAGACUGCGAGCAGUGUAUGGGGAUCUUGGAGGAGCUGGAGAACAUUGAUGACGACUGCGACAGACACGGGAUCACUUUCGUUAAAACUAACGACUACAAGGUAGCCGAAGAUUAUGGAGUCACCGACUUUCCUGUGCUAGUGUAUUUUGAGAGCCAACUGCCCAAUGUGUUCGAAGGUGAUUUAGCGGUGGAGGAAGAGGUUCUACAAUGGCUGAUCACCCAGAGGACCGAGGACAGGAUCGAAUUGAUAACUAGAGUGAUGCUGGAAACGUCAGUUGAAGAGACUCAGUACCUUGCUGUAUACUUUUAUAAACAAAACUGCCACAUAUGCGAUGAAAUUUUGGAAGGAUUAGAGAGGGUCGACGACGAAUGCGACGUUUUUGGUAUCCAUCUGGUGAAGAUUCAAGAUCCCCAAUUAGCUAAACGCUACUCGAUCAAAACGUUUCCCGCUCUCGUUUACUUUCGAAAUGGCAAUCCUCUUCUGUUCGAAGGCGAUCUGCAAAAUGAAGAGUCGGUUCUCGAGUGGUUGAUCGACGAUGACAAUCGUGAAUUGGCGGACGAGAUCGAAGCAGUCAACGACAGAAUGUUAGAGAGGCUACUAGAAGAAUCUCCAUUCUUAGCAGUUUUCUUCUACGACGAAGAUUGUCCCGAAUGCGACGAGAUCAUGGAAGCCUUGGAGAAAAUUGACGGCGAGGCUGAUUUAUUCGGCAUAGAUUUCGUGAAGGUCUACAGCCCCGAGGCUGCCGAGAAGUAUGGGAUCCUCAAUGUCCCGUCGCUCGUUUAUUUCCGUAAACAAACACCAUUGCUGUACGAUGGAGAUUUGACGCAAGAGGACAAGAUCCUCCAGUGGCUGACUUCUCAGGAUGUCUUCGAAAUCAAGAACGAAAUCGAAGAAGUCAAUAAGAAAAUGUUGGACAAGUUGCUUGACGAGAACGAAUUCUUAGCGGUCUUCUUUUACGAGCACGAUAGUAAGGAAAGCGAAGAAGUGAAUGAAAAAUUAGAGGACAUCGACAGUGAGACGGACAACUUGGACAUCACAUUCGUCAAGAUGGCUGACCCGAGAUACGCUAGGAAAUGGGGUGUUACCAAACUGCCUGCCAUUGUGUACUUUCGCAAGAGAUUCCCCAGUAUUUAUCGAGGCGACAUCCACAACGAACACGACGUGCUCGAGUGGCUGCGCAAGAACAGGUACCGUCAGCCGGAACUGAACAUCUACAUGUACAUGCUGAUUGCCAUUACCGUCCUGUUUGCCAUGUACACCGGUUUCCUGUUGUCGUGCUUCCGGUCGGAGCCUGCCGCGACAACUGCGCAUCCGAAGCAAGCGUGAAAAUUAGGACCAGGAAGCUAAAGACGGUUUAAUUAUACAAGCCAAACAAACAAAAAAAAAGAGAAUGCCAGGAAAGAGACUACGUGGACUGUUGCUGCGCGAAUGUGCGUUGUUGUUGUUGCUCCGACAUGUUUCACUUAAAACGAACACCGUUCGUCCGGAACGAACGACACGAUAUCAAAGGCUCGAUGAUUCGACGAUAAGAUCCGUCGUUCUUGCGCGGCAUCGACGAGCGCCAUGUUUCGCUAGCCGAUGAACGAAUAAAAGUAUACUUAUUGUUAGCUUGUUCGCGCACACCGUACCAUCGGGCUCGAGACGGCUGCCAUGGCACGGUGUGUGCAUAUAUAUAUAUAUAUGUAUAAAAACGUGGACCAAAUCCGUCGACCUUUCCAAAGAAGAUUUAGACCUCUGUCAAAUUCAGAAAGCUGAUCCAGGGAGCUGAGGUGUCUGAACAACGCGGAGGAGCGAGGGCGCAUUAGUGUUGAGCUACCGUCCGGUGCUAACACACUCGAGUCGCAUCGUGUUUUAGAAAAAUUAUUGUUAAUGCGUAUGUUUAUUAUCGUUUGCUAUAUAUUUUUAUCGCGUUUAAAUCUUUGUCUACUACAGCUCAUUGUAUUGCUUUCUUACGAUCCACUGUAGCCAUUAUUCCGACCACACUUUGUAUUUCUUACGUAAGCGAUACACGUACCAGGAAUUCUUUGUUGUGUUUCUACUUCUUCUUUUUCUUCUUCUUCUUCUUCUUCUUCUUCUUCUUCUUCUUCUUCUUCUUCUUCUUCUUUGUCUUCUUCUUAUUCUUUUUCUUUUUCGAGUGAUUAUAAAGCUGAAUCGACGCACACCGGCGUACACUGUUGCGAUUCAAGGAAUGUUUGGUGGUCGAUGAUCAUCGACGACCGUAAUUUAUAAUUAUUCUGGUUUUCGUAACUUGUUUAGCGUGAACUGUCGACUGUCGUCGACGGCUUUGACAGUGGUCUUGCGCACGAUAGAUCAUCUUUGGUCCACGUUCGCGAGGGGUGAUGAUCGACACAGGAUCGUCGCGUUGAUCCGCGUCUGUUCCCGUGGAUCAUCGCCGAUCUUUCCUUUUAUCGACCCAGACAAGGUGAAGAUCUAUGUGACGACCAGUAAAACAAUUGCCUGCUGAUGCAAUAUCGGUUAACGAGGAAUUUAUUGACUAAACGAACCCUUUAGACCAAUUCCGAACCCGUUUGAACACACUUCCACCUGCCGAUUGUAAAUAAUGUAAAAGUGUGAACGAUGCAUUGUAUAAGACAAAAUACGAUGGUUUUACUUUACAUUUAUGUUUCGCAUUCGUUUCUUUCUCUUCGCCUAUUUCUCUCACAGGACACCGCGUAGAUUUAAUUAAUCGACGCUAAUUGCGCGCGCGCACAUAAUGUUAGUUCAUUUUGGAUACACUUCAUUCGCUUAGGGACGGCGUUGAUAAUUCAGCGAAAUCUGUAUUUCUCUGGUCAAGUCUCUAAGAAUUAAAUUGAACUUUCGAAAUACAUCUGGGAGUAUGUUAAUGUG